AACAACAACUGUUAUUGAAAGCCAAACGUGUUCAUAGGCCUACGCCCCUAUCCAAUGACCUCUCGCCGCAAUGUCACGGGGUACCAUCAAUGUGCCGUUUAUCAAUCUACGAACAAUAUUCGAGAAACUUGUGAUGGAUCGCACUGAAAAGGACCAGGUGCUUAUCCCAGAACGACUUAAGUCUCUGGAGAUAUGGCUGCAACAGACUCAUAUGAAAUUGAUCCAGGUGAACGGACAGCGGAGAUAUGGAGGACCCCCUGAUGUGUGGCACGGCGACCCCCCUGGGUCCGGAUGCGAGGUUUUUAUCAGUCAGAUUCCCAGGGAUGUCUAUGAAGACCGCCUGAUCCCACUGUUCAGCGCUGUGGGCCCGAUCUGGGAGUUCCGCCUCAUGAUGAACUUCAGCGGGCAGAACCGCGGCUUCGCCUACGCCAAGUACGGGAGCCCUGCCCUGGCGGCUGCCGCCAUCCGCUCGCUGCACGGCCAUGCCCUGGAGCCGGGAGUGCGUCUGAGCGUGCGGCGCAGCACAGAGAAACGGCAGCUGCUCCUGGGGGAGCUGCCCGCCAACACCAGCAGAGAGCAGCUGCUGCAGGUGUUGAGGGACUUUACUGAGGGUGUCAAGUGUGUGACCCUGAAGUCGUCGCUCGGGGAGGAGGGCGUGUCUGCCGAUGUGGUCUACUUCUCUCAUCAUUUAGCCUCCAUGGCCAAGAAGGUGCUGGUGGAAGCCUUUAAGAAGCGUUUUGGCCUUUCCAUCUCUGUCAAGUGGCUGACCUCAACCAAGUCUAAGACCCCCCCGAGGGUGCCCAAGACCCCGCCAUCGCCUUUCAAACUACCCCACCGCACCCAUCUUCCGCUCUUGCCCCCACGGCUCAUCCGGCCCCCGUUGCCCCCGGGCUUCUCCCGGGCCGUGGGCAGCCCUGCCCACCUGGCACCUCCGCCACCCCCGCUCUCCCCGUUCCCCGGACAGGAGCAGGGCAGAGUGGAUGCAGUGAGGCUGCUCCAGCAGCUGUGCGAGGCGCACGGGCGCCGGCCUCCCUUGUACGAGCUGCUCUACCAGGACACGGCUCCCGACGGCUUCCUGCGCUUCAGCUACCGGGUGUGUGUGCCGGGGCUGGCUGUGCCGUUCAGCGGGACGGUGCAGACGCUGCCCGGGCCCAGCACCACGGCCGUGCAGGAGGAGGCUCGACGUGCUGCUGCCGAGCAGGUCAUCAGGGCCCUCCACAGGAUCUAGCGUCAUCCCCCUCUCUCAUCAUUCACCCCCUCGCUGUCAGCAAGGCCAGUUGCUACUGUUUUUAUGUUAAAUAAUGUUUUAAUUAUGAUCUUAAUUUGUAUGUUGGGUUUCUUCUUCUUUGCAUGAUGUGACUUUGUAACCACCGUUUUGAAUUUGCAUGUUUUUCCUGCACUUGGGUUUAUUGGUUUCUCCUUUUAAUUAAAAAGAGAGAUUUAUGAUGAAAAGCCUUGUUUAUUUG